GUCUGGUUCCAGAACCGGAGGGCCAAGUGGCGUAAGCGUGAGAAGUGUUGGGGCCGCAGCAGCGUCAUGGCGGAGUACGGUCUGUAUGGCGCCAUGGUCCGACACUCCAUCCCUCUGCCAGAGUCCAUCCUGAACUCUGCCAAGAACGGCAUGAUGGGAUCCUGUGCUCCCUGGCUGCUCGGUGAGCCGCAUGCACGUAUGCACAAGAAGUCUCUGGAAAUAUCCAAGAAGUGUUCCACUCCCACUGCAACAGACUCAACGCGCUCUGACUCUUUCUGCAAUGCUGCGGAGCAGCAAGUCUGCGAGGCUCAGGAGGAGGAGGAGGCGGAGCUUCUGGAAGAGGAGGACGUAGAGGAGGAGGUGGCCAUUGACUUGUCCAGCUCUUCCAAACAGCAGCAAGAAGUCGUGGCUUCAGCAAGGACCAGCCCCUCGCCACAACGACAGAGUGGCAGUGAAUCAGACAAGCACAGCUGAAUGUGGGAGGAGCCUCAGCAGAAAAUCCUGAAAUCUGACUGAUGCUUCUUUCAGGGAACUCAGCCUAUAAACAAAUAGCUGUGAUUUUUGAUGCUAAGCAAAGUUUAUUGAAUUAAAUGUAUUUUUCUUUUGUUUACCUGUUUAUUUAAAAUGUAACAUUGUUACAGUCAGAGUCCUCACAGACUUUCAGUAGAUGUGAAUCAGAGGACAGCUUUGUUUUAGGGAGAUGGGCUUGAAGACACAGGUCUGCAGAUCUCCCCGAGUGAAACUGAAACAUCGAAAUAUUCGGACUGCUUAAAAAACAUGACAAAACUCUGGUGUUGUGAUGUCAGAAAACACUGUUGCGUAAAAGUAGAGCAUCAUAAGACUGUCAUGGUUUCAGCUUGUUCUCCAUGACUGAAGAAGAUGUAAAGGUUACAGUUUGUGUUUGUCUUUGUUUUGUUUUCUGUUUGUGUCAGAUGAGACUUUUAUUGAUUCAUGUUGAAAUCUCGUGUUUUAUAGUCUGGUUCUGAAUGUAAAUUAAAUCUAACUAUUAAUAUUUAUUAUUAUUAUUAAAUGUUUGUAGAGUAGGUGGCAAAUAAAAUCAUAUUUUUCAAACGUCA